AUGGCUCCUCCGAAACCUCAACUCAUGCCCGAGCAUACUGUCGACCGUACGCCCGAAUAUGAAAAGUUUAUCGAAGAACUGCGUGCCUUCCACGAGAAGCGCGGCACCAACUUCGACCCCGAACCCAAGAUGGGCAACCUGACAGUCGACCUGCUCAAGCUAUUCAAGCACAUUGUCGAACAUGGCGGAUACGAUAAGGUCUCGGACGAAAAGCUCAUGUGGCGGAAAAUGUGCGAGGGUCUGGGUCUCAUGAGGCACAAUGCGCCUGCCGAUGCUUAUACGUUGAAACAAAUAUUCUACAAGAACUUGGCCGCCUACGAGAUCAAGACGGUCCACAAUAAGGAACCCCCUCCACCCGAGAUUCUCGAGUUUACUACUGCAAAAGGAGGCUCGCUCUUAACUAGAACCCUUGAGAACUUUACCGCCAGGAGCUUGAAAGGCGACAAGGAAGAUUCCGGUGACGACGGCACUCCGAGUAGGGAGCGGAGUACUGUUGACACUCCCAACUCGGCUCGCGCGUCCCGGGGUCUCAGAGAAGCGCCUGCACCGAGGGUGAUUUUCCAUCCAGACACAAACUCAACGCGGCAAACACGACAUGCCGGUUCUGCGCAACAACAACCCGCAGCCAAUCCUUCCUCCAACUCCAACUCACAAAACAGCCAACAACCCCCGUCGCAUUCGCAAUCUCAUUCUAGUACCCCCAUACCCUCCCACGGCCCGCCUCACGCCCACCAAAACCGAGGAAGCGCGUCAGUUAUGUACAACCCAGGUCCCGACCACAGUCACCACCUGGUGCAGAGUUUCCAACCUCCGCCUUUGCAGCCGCUGCAGCUGCGUAUCGUCGAUACGCCUACGAGCAAUCCCGAGUUAUUCAACAAGAGGCGGCGCCUUCUGAGGCAACCUGGCACGUCCAGUACUUCGGCACUGGUACGCGCCGCCCUCCCUCCAGGUAGCCUCGAUGGCCCGAAUAUUUACGAGCGCUGUCUCCUAGCUCUCCGAUCCGGGAUCCGUGCUGAGCAGGCCUUUGGACUCAACCACUUGGUCAAGAUUUCGUUCGAGCGCGGUGACAAGUACAAGUUUGCACAAUUUAGUGGAUUGGCCGAAGGCUUGACCGAGUUUGCUCUGGGCGUUGGCAGCUUAUUCUACAACGUUGAAUGGAUCAUAUCAAACGACCCCGAUGCCGACGACGGCGACAUUGGUGAGCUCGAUGGUAUCAACGGUACCCUUGAUAUCCUAGAGCGCAUCGCACAGCUCAAGCCCAAGGAUGUACAAGACAACUUCCAGCCUUCAGAGUUCACCGACCACAUGACACUCGUCACCGAAGCCGUCCUGACCAUUCGGAAUAUGGUCAUGCUGCCGGACAACGCUUGGUUCAUGGCGGAUUACGCACCGAUUAAAGACCUAUUAUGCAUUCUUCUUCACCUCCCCGACAUGGAUCUCACCGUGGAGCUCAAGCAUUUUGCGCUGGACAUCGCCGAACAAAUUACACCCAACUUGGUGCUGGAAUCCGACGAUCCCUUGUAUCAAACCCUGCUUGGCCAGCUUAAGUCUAACGAUCGCGGCACGAUUCUCACCGCUUUGCGAGCUAUUGGUCGUAUCUCGAUGAACCACGCCACGGAAACUAACAAGCUUCACGAUGUCCCGGUCUCUGUCCUACAGAAUCUUAUGGACUGGCUUCUGCUCAACGACGACGAGCUGGUUGAUGCCUGCCUCGACUUCUUAUACCAGUAUACUGCUGUUGUCCCCAAUUUGGAUACGCUGAUCAAGGGUACGAACGUGGAGCACCUAGUCAUCCACCUGGUCCGGUUGUUGUCCCACGGUGCUAAGCGCUACCACAAGGAUAUCGUAGUAAGCGAGGCUCGGAUCGUGUAUGACCCGCCUUCCGAGCAGGUCGUGUCGAUUCCUCCUGACCUUCUCGAGCGGCUGUUAACCAUGGAAGAACCAGAGCGCACACAUCAGUGGGUGCGAUGCACAUUCGAGGAAGAUCCCGAUGCGCAGGUGACCCAGAUAGCUAUCUGGCAAGCCUACAACGCGGCGUUCCUCGAGCCACUAAAACGCACUGGACGAAGCAUGAUAAACGCAGCCGAGUUCAUCAGAAACAUCAGUUCCGUGUACCAUACCGCUGGGAAUCCGGCCUCGUGCUUUCCCAUCAGUCCCGAAAACCGUGGCUACCUGGGCUGUCAGUGGACACGGCAGCCCACCAGCGACGAGCAGCAGCAACAACAACAACAGCACCAACAUAUGGUGUGCGGCGCCUGGCACCUAACCACCGAGUCGAUGUGGAACCACAUUCUCACGCAACACCUCGGCGAAGCCCCCGGCACCGACAACAAGUUCUCCAACAAAGAAGGCACCUACUCCUGCCACUGGGACAGCUGCCGCAGGUACCCGACGCCCACCAAGCUCAACUUGAUGCAGUUGAUGAUGCACAUCAAGACCCACCUCAAGGCUGAGGAAGCUCGUCACAACGCGCUUUAUCCAGCGCUUCAACCACCCCCUACUCCUGCGGCUGGCGGACCCGGCGGCGCGACAGAGCCGUUCCCCGGUGGUCCUGCUAGUGGUAUGACCACUCCCGGCGGCGGUCCUGUUCAGGUAGCGCCUUCGCCUAAGAGAUCCAAGACGCGCGUGAUCAAGCCGGCCAGCACCAUCUCAUUGACGUUUGAAGAGACGGCCAGCGUACGGGAUGAGAGAAACCCGAACGUGCCGCCGCAGGCGGCGGGGAUCCCGCUAAGUGCGGUGCUGAUUCUGAGGAAUAUCGCCAGGAACGUCGUUAAGACCGAUGCCGAGGAGCGGUUGAGGAAGCAGAGUCGCAAGCGGUUGGGUGAUGGACAGGAGGAGGAUGAUAAUGAUGAGGCUAAGGAGGAGGAGGAGGAGGAGGGAGCGUUGGUGGUGGUAUCAACAGUACCAUCAUACCCUGGACUGGUGGUGUCGGCGGACGCAGGAUGGAACGAAAGGCUGUUCCGGCCUGUGAUGCCGAGGCUCUGGGAGGUAUUCUGCGAGAACAGGCUGUUGGCGCCGUACAUCACUAGCUUGUUCAAGCUGCUGGAGCCGGUUGAGUAG